CUGAAUUCCCAUCUAAAUCCGAAUGAGAACCCAACCAAAUCUGGUUAGUCGCGGGAAAGCUAUCUCGGGUGAUGGGUGAUCUUGCCUCCAGCAGCAGUGUGGCGGAGCUGGCCAAACAUGUGGAUGCGGAAGAGGAGAUUGAGGUAGUGGAGGUGGAGACCGAGGCCUCCAAAGUGGCGGCCCACCAGGAGUACGCCGAGGCUCUCUCGCUGUCGGGCAGGCGGAGCAAAAGUGUCUGGAAUCGCAGGAGCUUCCGCCUCAGCAAGGUCCUGACUGUGGCUGCCAUCCUCGUCGCCCUGAUGCUCGUCAUAGGAUCCAUUUACUUGCACUUGCGGCAGAAACAUCAUUUGGGCCGCCUGCACUUUCAUUCAAAGGACCACGUGUCCCAGUCGAAGGAGCUGGAGCUUGAUGGCAUCACACUGAUCACAGAGGCCGGAGUAGCUGGCCAGCCUCCAACUCCAACAACAACCACAGGAACAGUAUCAGAAACAGGACCAACGCGGCAGAUGAGCUCCGAGUGCUUCGCCUGUCUGGCUGCCACUGCCACGAAUAAUGUUCCGGCAUUUUGCAACGACCAAGUGCCUUGCGGCAUUUAUCGCAUUUCCCACAUAUACUGGCAGGACGCCCAGCAGUGGCUGAGGCCACAGAACGACUCACUUAUACAGGACUACAAGGGAUGCGUCGUGCAGAACAGCUGCGCCGAGAGGAUUGUCGAGGGCUAUGUGCAGCGAUAUGCCUUUGAUUGCAACGGUGACGGGCGGAUCGAGUGCCGGGAUCACAUAAUGCUGCACUUGCUGGGGCCCGGGGGCUGUCGCAGGCAUGUCGAGUGGUCAGGGAGGAGUCCGGACCAGUGCCUGAGGGACAAAGGACUGUCAUAGGACCCGGCUCCGGUUUAUUGUUUCGACUGGAGGAGCUGCAUUAUGGGUUGCCAGUACAGGGUCAGCACUAAGAGGGCCAUGAACUCGUGGAACAGAAGCAGGGCGGCGUACUUGUCAUCGGCCAGCUCUGUUUUGGCCGCCCCGCCACCCAUUAUGCACUGCACAUGAUACAUGAGGAACUGCAAGUGAUUUGUGAGUAUGGUUAUGGCAGGAAUAUGGAAAUAGCAAGGUCCUUACGAGCAGCACCACAACU